UGUGUUGCCCCAGGGAGAGCCCGCAAUCCCAGGUGCUGAGUGCCCCAGCUCCAGCAGUGGGAUGGGGGAGGGGCCGGGACCCUCUGGGGGAUGUGCAGGUAUGCGCAUGUGCUCUCCUGGCCCUGAGGACUGGGACAGUGCAGGACAGGCAUGGCAGGGAGUGGGGAGCCCAGGCCUGGCGUUGCCUUGACCCCCACCCACCCUGCAGGCCAUGGUGGGUGCCCGGGAGAAGGGCCCUCGGGUGGGCCAGCGGCUGCCCUCAAUCAUGGUGGAGCCCGGCAAGGGGGGUGCCGUGGCGAGCGGGGAGCUGUGUUGGCCUCCGGAGGGCGCCCAGAGGGGGUCCACCCAGAGCCAGGCUGCUGCUCCUCCCUCACCGCGUCUGCCGGGAGCACCAGGGAAGGUUCCAGAUGACGCUGGCAGCAAGCGUGCCAGCUCUGAGGACCAGUCCCCCUGCACCCAGUGAUGGGACGAGGACAUGGCCAGAUUCCGCUGUCCCUGGGCUCUGACAGCUGGGAGGGCCUCAGCCCCAGAGCGGCCUGGGCCUGCCCGGGCGCCCAGUAGGCAGAGCUGAGCUACCACCUCCGGCCUCACCAGCUCCGCCAGCACUGCAAGCCCCGGCCCUCUCCUGUCCACAGCCCAGGGUCCGGAUCACACCCCUCCUUGUUCUCUGGUUGGAAGCAGAAAUAAAGACUCUUCCUGGUGGUCAGGGGGUGCACUUGGUGGGGAUUCGAGGAGCUAAGGACAAUUUUGGUUCUGCCAGUGGCCUUCCAGGCAAGGGCCUCUGUUCAGAGCCCGUGCUGACCAGACCAGAGUGCCCAGUGAGUGACCACUGGGUGUUCCACACUGGGGGUGAGGGUGGUUGGCGGGACUGUCGUGUUUGCUGCUCUGGCGCCCUGCCUAGGGCCCUCUGCUCUGCUCGGCCUCAGCUGAGGCUGUCCAAGGA